CACUACAUCUAUUUCAGUCCUGCAAAAGCUUUCAUAAAAUCUCUCUCUCUCUCUCUCACAGACACAUAAAAGAACUCUUUGCUUUGCCUUUUGUGAAAAGGGAGGAGAAAUGGGUGCUCUGGACUUUCUCUCAGACUAUAUCACUAUUUCCACCCCAAGGAAGAAACGAAAAGCAAUGCAGACAGUUGAAAUCAAAGUGAAAAUGGACUGUGAUGGUUGUGAAAGGAGAGUUAAAAAUGCUGUUUCCAACAUGAAAGGUGCAAAAUCUGUGGAGGUUAACCGAAAGCAAAGCCGGGUAACCGUAACGGGCUAUGUGGAGCCAAACAAGGUCUUAAAAAAGGUGAAGAGCACCGGAAAGAGAGCUGAGUUUUGGCCCUAUGUGCCAUACAACUUGGUGGCUUACCCUUAUGUGGCUCAGGCCUAUGACAAGAAGGCACCGGCUGGUUACGUGAAAAAUGCAGUCCAAGCACACCCUAUUCCAAAUGCAACAGAUGAGAAGUUAACUACACUCUUUAGUGAUGAAAAUCCAAAUGCAUGUUCCAUCAUGUAAGCAAUUUUAAUGGAAUAAGGAUAGGAGAGAAUGAGAAUUAGAAUCUGUUUUUAGUUGGUACUUUGAGUUUGAAUGGAGAGAAGUCUUUUUUUUUUUUUUUUUUUUUUAUGUGUUUUCAGCAUGUAGAUUUUCUUUGAGAUUAUGUAUCACCUUAGUCCUGUUUAAUUGCCUAAUGAAAAAUAGUUUUGUACA